CUGAAGCGCUGACCGGCGGGCGAUGGUACACCUACAUAACAGGCGCUCGCGUUCACACAAAAGCGGGCUCACCGUCCUGAGCCAACACCUGGAACACCACGCUGAAAGAACUAUUCUUGUCAUGUCUGCCUAGGAGAGAUUACUUAUAGUACAUCUACACUAGGGCACUGGGCGGGCAGUUGUCCUCCUCAAGUUGGCUUCUCGAGGAAACGAUUCUCGUGCCAUUGAAACUCCAGUUUCUACCAGCACUUGUUACGGUGUACAGCCAAAGCUUUGCGUUCGGAGUAGAGCUGGCGGCGCAAUGUUGUACAUGGCGUAGUAUGAGUGGAUCUCAGAUGAGUUCGGACCGUUUGACGAGCUCCCAGAACCCCAUACAGGCAUACUUACUCCCCCCCCCCCGUCGUCUGGACAGGACGGCGCAAGCCAUUGUGCGUGUUGUACGGCGAUCUCCUUCCAUCGACCACCCAGCACUUGAAGUUAAAAAGACGCACAGACGUACGAGCCAGUGGUCUCGACCUACCACGACACCAUCUACCAGCCUACAUGGAGUCAGACCUCGCCUCCAACCCCACCUAUUUCUCCUCCAUCUAAACCUCGACAACUCCCUCGUCUUCUUCAACUCCCUCGUUUUCUUCAACUCCCUCGUCUUCUUCAACACCCUCGUCUUCUUCAACUCCUUCGUCUUCUUCAACUCCUUCGUCUUCUUCAACUCCCUCGUCUUCUUCAUCUUUACCGACGUCCUUCCAAACGUCUAAGUCCCCGCUGCUUCCAUACAAUUUCUCGUCGCCUCCGCAAUCAACAUCCUCCCCCUCGUCUU